CAGCUUGGUCAGAUCACUAUGGACAAUGCGUCCAACAACAACACACUUAUGGUAGAGAUUGAGGGUGAGCUUACACGAAGAGCUAUUCCCUUUGAUCGCAAUGGUAACCCCUCAACUGAUCCUGUAAACCAGCCAGCACUUCAAGCCUAUGCCAGAACUCUAGAACGCGAUCCAGUUGGACAAUGCCGUGCGAUAGUUUCAGCUUGCCGAUCAUCUGGCCAACGCCGUCGUCGUCUCCAGGCUGUGAUUCAAGAAGGCAAUGCAAAUGGUUUCUGGAGAGGGAAGCUUCCCGAUGGAAAGACCAUGCUACCAGCUGUACAGCUGCUCCGUGACUGCACAACUAGAUGGUCAUCAACAUUCAAGAUGGUCGAUAGAGUGCUAAUGCUAAACCCAGCCAUCCAAUCCUUCCUACUUGAGACACAGAAUGCUGACAUUUCGGGCCUCUCCAUGGAUGCAAAGGAUACCGAUGUUCUUCGCGACAUACAUCAAAUCAUCGAAGUCCCUCACGUAGCGCAAGAACUCCUCUCUUCGGAGCGGACACCAACCCUAUCAAUGGCUCUACCCGCUUAUGAAGUGCUGACUAGCCAGUGGACCCAAUUACGAAGCACGAUCUGGGAGUUAUCCCACUAUAUUGAUAUCGGUCUUGAUAAACUGAGGCAGUAUAUCAAUGAAGGAAGGAAAACUCGGAUAUACGCACUUUCGAUGGUCGUUCAAGUUAAUCCAAACAUCAAGCUUAAGUGGUUGAGGGAACACUGGGAGGCUGCGGAUGUUGGAAAUGCUCGAGAAUGGAUACUACAAGCAGUUCGUCUUUUCUUUUUCUACGCGCUCUGGAUGACACAAUUUUUGGGUGCAGAUGACUUCAUUUCGUACAUCCAUUAG